AGCAGAAGAUUGUAAUAAAAUUGUAAUAUUUAACAUAAAAGUUUAGCAAACCUAUUAAAUUAUUACCGAAAUGAGCGCUCCAACUGCUCUGACGGGUAUACAAUGCACCGCUGGUGCUAUACCCGUACGAAAUGAGAAAGGCGAGAUCUCGAUGCAAAAGGUAAAGGUGCAGCGUUAUAUAUCGGGUAAACGGCCCGAUUAUGCGCGUGCCGAUUCUAGUUCGGAGGAGAGCGACGAUGAUGAUUUUGUGGACAAUCGCAAGCGCUUGGAGCGCCACAAGGCCGAACGACACAAACUGGAGCUAAGUCGACGCGACAGUGGUGAUCAUGGCGCACCUGCAGAGGAUGAGGCUGAAGUGGAUGAUCCACGUCUCCGACGACUGCGUACGCGAACAGGAGACAUGGAGGACUUGGAACGAGAGCGCCGUGAGCGUCACAGACAUAUACACGAACCUGAAAUGUUAGACAGUGCCAGCGAAGAAGAGCAAGAGCUAGAGGACAAUCAUAAGAUCGAGCGAGGUACCAAUAAAAUCACGCUCGCCUCAGAAUCCGACACCGACUCGGAGUUAAGCGACACAGAGUUAGAGAAGCGACGCUCCAAAUUGCGAGCGCGUAUGCUGCAGCAGCAACGCGAGGAGGAAGUGCUGCAAAAGGAAGACGAAAAGCAAUCUGAGUCCUCCGAAUCGGAGAGCUCAGAGUAUGAGGAAGAAACCGAAAGUGAGGAGGACAAUGAACCUCGUCUCAAGCCGCUGUUUGUGCGCAAACGAGAUCGUGCCACCAUACAAGAGAAGGAACGUGAGGCACAGCGGCAAAAGCAGCUGGAAGCAGAGGCCAAGCGCGCUGCUAAGGAGAGACGACGCGCAACGUUGCGGCUGGUGGAGGAAAGCGUCAAAAAAGAUCUAGAGAAGAUUAAGCCUGAGACGAACGAAGCCAGCAUUGACGAUGUCUGUACAGCCGAUGAGAAUGAUGAGGUAGAGUAUGAGGCCUGGAAGCUGCGCGAGCUCAAGCGGAUGAAACGUGAUCGCGAAGAGCGCGAAAAUGCCGACCGCGAGAAACUGGAAAUUGACCGCAUGCGAAAUAUGACAGAAGAGGAGCGACGAAUGGAGCUGCGCGCCAAUCCCAAACUAGUCACUAACAAGGCUACCAAAGGCAAAUACAAAUUUCUGCAAAAGUACUAUCAUCGCGGUGCCUUCUAUCUUGACGAGGAGAAUGAUGUGCUCAAGCGGGAUUUCGCCCAGGCGACGCUAGAAGACCACUUUGACAAGACAAUAUUGCCCAAGGUGAUGCAAGUGAAGAACUUUGGACGCUGCGGUCGCACCAAAUACACUCAUCUGGUUGAUCAGGAUACCACGAAGUUUGAUUCACCUUGGUACGCAGAGACGUCGAACAAUAUGAAGUUUCAUAAUGAACGCGCCGGUGGCAUGAGGCAACAGUUUGACAAACCUACGGGCUCUAAACGCAAGAAGCUGGAGUAAAAAUAUUUAAGUUCAAUUACAAUUAUAAUUAAAACAAAAUAAACAAAACGAA